GUGAGGAGAGGAGAGAUAGUGGUGGGAGGGGGAAGCAUAAGUGUUAUGUACAACACUUGGAGGCACUGAGAACUUGUGGAGUUGUAGCAUUCAUUCAGCUAUAUCUGAACAGUUCAUUCACACAUUACUUGUAUUCAUAAAGGACACAAUAAUUUUUGACUACAUUUUUACAAACAAUGAUUGCUAUUAUUGUUUUGUUCAUUCUUUCUGCUCUACUGAUGUAUAUAUGGAACCAAAAAAGACCAAAUAACUUCCCCCCAGGCCCCCCACCACUACCUAUCAUUGGUAAUAUACAUCAGAUGCCCCGAGGUCACUUCUGGAUCGGCGUGAACAAGUGGUCUGAAGAUUACGGGCCGAUCAUAGGCCUGAGCGUAUUAAACUUCUUCAUAGUGGUAAUUACUGGAGUUGACAACAUUGUUGCUGCGUUACGCAAGGAGGAAUUUCAAGCACGACCGGACAACGUUGUUACACGGGAGAAGAUGUUUGGCAAGUUAUUAGGAAUAUUUUUUAGUUCCGGAGAACAGUGGUCAUCCAGCCGUAAGUUUAUUGUUAAGCAAAUGGGGGCCUUUGGGAAAAGUGAGAAAGAAAAUUUGAUAUCUGAUGAAGUAAGCCGACUAUUGGACACAAUUAACGAUGGAUCUAUUAUAAAGGGAAACGGUAUGUUUGGGCUAGCAGCUAUCAAUGUCAUUUGGACGAUAGUUGCCAGCAAAAGAAUUGACUUCAAUGAUAAACGAUCGAUAAAGUUUUUGGAAGACUUGCGUAAACUUUUUCGGGAAGGCAGCGCAGGAGGAGAAAUGGCGAAAGCGUUUCCAAUUUUUAGAUUUCUUAGUAAAAAAUACAAACAUGAUCUAAGUAUAAGAUACGGAAUCUACACGUUCAUCGAGGAAACGAUACAAGAACACAAAGAAACUCUUGACCCUAACAACCCAAGAGACAUAAUUGACAGUUAUUUAAUUGAAAUUGAAAGAAACAAGAACAACAAUCCUUCGUUUUUCUCAGAUGAGGAUCUGAUCGUGGUUGCCAGUGAUUUAUUCUUUGCUGGAGCAGAAUCUACUAGUAAUUCGUGCGAGUUUGUACUUUUGUACAUGAUUCUCUACCCGGAAGUGCAGCGGAAGAUGCAAGAGGAGAUCGACCGUGUGUUAGGACGGUCAAGGAAACCAGUGCUAGAAGACAAAGCUCAGAUGCAUUAUACGAUGGCAGUCCUCAACGAAGUCGAGAGAAUAAACAGUGUAUCACCACUUGCUCUGCCUCACUCUUGUUCUAAGGACACUACAAUGGUUGUUGUAAAUGAGCCUAAUUACCAGCAAGCUUGUUCUGAUGCAUUAUACGAUGGCAGUCCUCAACGAAGUCGAGAGAAUAAACAGUGUAUCACCACUUGGAUGCAUUAUACGAUGGCAGUCCUCAACGAAGUCGAGAGAAUAAACAGUGUAUCACCACUUGGUCUGCCUCACUCUUGUUCUAAGGACACUACAAUGGUUGUUGUAAAUGAGCCUAAUUACCAGCAAGUUGUUCUGUUUAGGAUGCAUUAUACGAUGGCAGUCCUCAACGAAGUCGAGAGAAUAAACAGUGUAUCACCACUUGGUCUGCCUCACUCUUGUUCUAAGGACACUACAAUGGUUGUUAUGAGCCUAAUUACCAGCAAGCUUGUUCUGUUUAGGAUGCAUUAUACGAUGGCAGUCCUCAACGAAGUCGAGAGAAUAAACAGUGUAUCACCACUUGGUCUGCCUCACUCUUGUUCUAAGGACACGACGUUUGGUGGCUACUUCAUUCCUAAGGGUACGACUUUACUGUUGAAUCUAAAAUCAGUGGGCUAUGAUCCCAAAUGCUGGAAAACGCCAGAAGAAUUCAUUCCUGAGAGAUUUUUGAAUGCUGAUGGACAGUACGCCAGGCCCUCUAACAUGCCUACUUUUGGGCUAGGACAGAGAUCCUGUAUCGGCGAAAUGUUGGCAAGAAACACGAUCUUCCUCUUCAUCACAACUUUCUUGGAGAAGUUUUCCAUCACCCUACCGCCAGGGGAACCAGAACCGUCCACAAUGGCUCUGCCAGGAUUGGCUGUUGCUCCAAGUCCUUUCAAAAUGUCCAUAAAAAGCAGAUAUUGAGAGUGAACGUAGCUUGUGGAUACAAAAAAUAAGUUGUGGUUAAAACAACAUUAGUUCAUACUUUUCAUACAAAAUGUUAUCUAUUUUGUUUUUACUUUAACAUUUACAUUACGUAAUAAGUAACUGUUACUGAAUUGUUAUUUUAAACAUUUUUAUAAAAUAUAUUGAAAAUUUAAAAUAAA